UUCCUGUAGUGUGAAAGAAUAGUGUCUCCCUGAUCGAGAGAAGAUAUUAUCCAAAGAUAAGUGAUGAGUAUGGGCAAUAGAAGAGAAUCCUGAAGACAGCAGUGUCCUACCUAAUCAUCAGUCUAGGGUCAGAAAAAGCCCUCUCCAUGUCUACUCACGAUACAUCCCUGAGAACCACUGAGGAAGUGGCUUUUCAGAUCCUCUUGCUUUGCCAGUUUGGGGUUGGGACUUUUGCCAAUGUAUUUCUCUUUGUCUAUAAUUUCUCUCCAAUCUCGACUGGUUCUAAACAGAGGCCCAGACAAGUGAUUUUAAGACACAUGGCUGUGGCCAAUGCCUUAACUCUCUUCCUCACUAUAUUUCCAAACAACAUGAUGACUUUUGCUCCAAUUAUUCCUCAAACUGACCUCAAAUGUAAAUUAGAAUUCUUCACUCGCCUCGUUGCAAGAAGCACAAACUUGUGUUCAACUUGUGUUCUGAGUAUCCAUCAGUUUGUCACACUUGUUCCUGUUAAUUCAGGUAAAGGAAUACUCAGAGCAAGUGUCACAAACAUGGCAAGUUAUUCUUGUUACAGUUGUUGGUUCUUCAGUGUCUUAAAUAACAUCUACAUUCCAAUUAAGGUCACUGGUCCACAGAUAACAGACAAUAACAAUAACUCUAAAAGCAAGUUGUUCUGUUCCACUUCUGAAUUCAGUGUAGGCAUUGUCUUCUUGAGGUUCGCCCAUGAUGCCACAUUCAUGAGCAUCAUGGUCUGGACCAGUGUCUCAAUGGUACUUCUCCUCCAUAGACAUUGUCAGAGAAUGCAGCAUAUAUUCACUUUCAAUCAGGACCCCAGGGGCCAAGCAGAGACCACAGCAACCCAUACUAUCCUGAUGCUGGUAGUCACAUUUGUUGGCUUUUAUCUUCUAAGCCUUAUUUGUAUCAUCUUUUACACCUAUUUUAUAUAUUCUCAUCAUUUUCUGAGGCAUUGCAAUGACAUUUUGGUUUCAGGUUUCCCUACAAUUUCUCCUUUACUGUUGAUCUUCAGAGACCCUAAGGGUCCUUGUUCUGUGUUCGUCAACUGUUGAAAGCCAGAGUCACUAAAAAUGCCAAACACUGAAGACAGCUUUGCUAAUACCAUUAAAUAGUUUAUUCCAUAAAUAUGUUUUUAAAAGCUUGUAUGAACAAGGUAUGGUGCUCACUGCUAUACUUAUAAAAGAGUAAGGUUAUAAUCACUUGUUGAUAUGAAAAGAUUUCUUGUUGGAAUCUGAGAUUGAAACAGUGAGUUAUUCACCACACUCCA